CGCGUUCUUUUCACUUUUCAGUCUUUCGGGACGAUUUCUAUUAUUUCAGAAACGCAUUGUUAAUUUUUUCUUAAUUACAUAGACUAUAGAGUAAUUAAUCGUUAACCCUAAACUAGUGACUUUGUAGCCACAAGUAUUCACAUCAAUACAAGAUGCCCAAAAAUAAAGGAAAAGGAGGUAAAAAUCGUAGGCGAGGUAAGAACGAGAAUGAAACGGAAAAGCGUGAAUUGGUAUUCAAAGAAGACGGACAAGAAUAUGCUCAAGUUACCAAAAUGUUGGGAAAUGGACGUCUAGAGGCAAUGUGUUUUGAUGGUGUUAAACGACUUUGCCACAUUCGAGGAAAACUUAGGAAAAAGGUAUGGAUCAACCAAGCUGAUAUAGUAUUAAUAGGUUUACGUGAAUAUCAAGAUACAAAAGCUGAUGUAAUUUUGAAGUAUACGCCUGACGAAGCUCGUAACUUAAAAACUUACGGAGAAUUUCCAGAAACUGUUCGCAUCAAUGAUACAGUCACAUUUGUUGACGAUGGAUUGGAUGAGGAUAUUGAAUUCGGAGAUGAUAUUAGCGAAGACGAAGAAGCAGACAAUGCUGUUGAUAAUAUCUAAGUUUAUUUCAACAAGUAUCCAAGCUGUAUGGUGAUAUAAUAUUUGCCUAAGAACCAUAUUAUAAUCCACUAAAAUACUGAAAUAAAUAUAUACUUAAAUAAUAAAAAAAUUAGUGUUUGUUUUGUUCAACUGGUAUAAUUUGUCCACAAUCUAAUACAAAUUUAAAAUUGUAUUGAUUUAAUUGAACUACACUAUUCAGUUUAAGAAUGGCUAGUUUUGUGCUUACCAAAUGAGCUUGUACGUUGGUUUGAUCCUCUUAAUGCUGAAGUUACCAAUAAUCAUAAAAUGGUCGUUUCCAGUAAAUGACAGUCGAGUGAGUAAAUGCAGCAAUGCCAAUUCCAGUAAUGAUCAGUUUCAAUAUGUCUGUUGAAUGGCGUUGCAAUUUAUUAAACAAGAUAAUACAUUUUUGCAUUUUAUCAAAUGUUGAAUAACUUAAUGGUCAAAUAUUUUGGAUUACUUCUACACUGUUCAUUUGUCUUUAUUUCUUUAAUUAUAUUAUAUAGUAAGCAAAAUAUGCAAUUUGUAUUCUAGGUUAUUUACCAUCAAUAUUAUUUUUUAUGCAAAAUUUGCUCAUAUAAAUAAAAAAUAUUACAAUAUUCAA